AUGGAGUAUACCUCUUCCCCGAAGCCGCAGCUCUCAUCCAGGGCAAAUGCGUUCUCGAUAGCUGCUCUCAUGUCGAGUGGAAAAACGAAGGACAAGGAAACUGAGGAAAGCACUAUUAAACCGCUCGAACAAUUUGUAGAGAAGUCGUCUUGCAACCAGAGUUUGGGGGAUCUGCCAUCACUCGAAGGUCAUGGAGAUUUUAGUAGCAACACGCCUCCCGUGUGUACCGAACCCCUCAUUCCCACCACACCUGGCGUCCCCAGCGAGGAGAUGGCCAAGAUCUCGUGCAGUUUGGAGACCAAAGAACUAUGGGACAAGUUCCACGAGCUCGGCACAGAGAUGAUCAUCACAAAAUCUGGAAGAAGAAUGUUUCCAACCAUCCGCGUGUCAUUUUCGGGAGUGGAUCCGGACGCCAAAUAUAUAGUGCUGAUGGACAUAGUUCCUGUGGACAACAAGAGAUAUCGUUAUGCUUAUCACAGGUCAUCGUGGCUCGUGGCAGGGAAGGCAGACCCCCCAUUGCCUGCCAGGCUGUACGUACAUCCAGAUUCACCCUUCACUGGGGAACAGUUGUUGAAGCAAAUGGUUUCAUUUGAAAAAGUUAAGCUCACAAACAACGAGCUGGAUCAGCAUGGGCAUAUCAUUCUUAACUCUAUGCACAAAUACCAGCCUCGCGUUCACAUUAUCAAAAAGAAGGACCAUACCGCCUCCUUACUCAACCUGAAGUCUGAAGAAUUCCGCACAUUUGUCUUUACUGAGACUGUCUUCACUGCUGUCACUGCCUACCAGAAUCAGCUGAUAACCAAGCUGAAGAUCGACAGCAACCCCUUUGCCAAAGGCUUCAGGGACUCCUCCAGGCUCACAGACAUUGAGAGGGAAAGUGUUGAGAGUUUGAUCCAUAAGCAUUCCUACGCCCGGUCGCCAAUCCGCACAUACACUGCCGAGGAGGAGACGCUCGCUGAGGACGGUCACUCAGCACACAGCAGAGGCUCUGCUUUCACAGCCUCAGACAACCUCUCCCUGAGCUCCUGGGUCACUACCACUUCAGGUUUCUCUGGCUUCCAGCACCCCCAGUCACUGUCUGCUAUUGGGACCAGCACAGCCUCUCUGGCUAGCCCUCUGCCUCACCCUAUCCAAGGUUCUCUGCCGCCCUACAGCCGACUAGGCAUGCCUCUGGCCCCCACGGCUCUGGCCGGCUCCAUGCAAGGCAGCGGACCCACCUUCCCGUCCUUUCACAUGCCCCGUUACCACCACUACUUUCAGCAAGGCCCCUACGCUGCUAUCCAGGGACUGCGCCACUCCUCCACAGUCAUGACUCCGUUUGUAUGACUCGCAUCGCAGCAGAAUGAGG